CGGUCACAUCCGCCAUUUCGGUAGAGACUGGAAAGCCAUUGUUAUCUGGAAAUUUCGCCAUGGUGAAAGUAUCGAACAUAAAUUCGCCUAUUUAACCAGCCAUCUAUAUUUGAGGUCGUAGACUCGUAGAUAUAUAUCCUUAGAACAAGUAACGUCGACAAAAACGAUUUAAGGCGUUCGCUGUGCGCGUCAGAUUCCGUGAAUUUGUCCGGUUUCUCCUGUAGUGUGUGUUAGCUUAGCAGCAAGAAGACCGCAGGCUGUUUACCGAAGAUUGCAGCGGUUUUCGCCAUAGAAACUGAGUCUAGUUUUUAGAAAUAUUAAAUAAAUUCGGGACCUUUAAUAUUUUACAUCCUCUAUUAAAUCGCGACACUGUCCGCCGCUGCACAGGAUUCGGUGAAGAGUGAAGGAGAGAUGGCGAGCUCGGUGGGGAACGUGGCUGAUAGCACAGGGUUGGCAGAGCUGGCGCACCGGGAAUAUCAGUCGGGAGAUUUUGAGGCGGCAGAGCGCCACUGUAUGCAGCUGUGGAGGCAGGAGCCAGAUAAUACUGGCGUACUGCUGCUGCUCUCCUCCAUCCACUUCCAGUGUCGCAGGCUUGACAGGUCGGCCCACUUUAGCACUCUGGCCAUCAAGCAGAACCCCAUGCUGGCUGAGGCCUACUCUAACCUGGGCAACGUUUAUAAGGAACGGGGUCAACUACAGGAGGCCAUCGAGCACUACCGCCACGCACUCCGUCUCAAACCGGAUUUCAUCGAUGGAUACAUCAACCUGGCAGCAGCGCUGGUGGCAGCAGGGGACAUGGAGGGAGCAGUUCAAGCAUAUGUCUCCGCUCUCCAGUACAACCCUGAUCUCUAUUGUGUACGCAGUGACUUGGGUAACCUGCUUAAGGCGCUCGGGCGCCUUGAAGAGGCAAAGGCUUGUUACCUGAAAGCAAUUGAAACUCAGCCAAACUUCGCCGUGGCCUGGAGUAACCUGGGCUGCGUGUUCAACGCCCAGGGAGAGAUCUGGCUGGCCAUACAUCAUUUUGAGAAGGCGGUGACCCUGGACCCAAACUUUUUGGAUGCUUACAUCAACUUGGGCAACGUUCUGAAAGAGGCUCGUAUCUUUGACAGAGCUGUUGCUGGUUAUCUUCGUGCCCUCAGCUUGAGCCCUAACCAUGCUGUUGUCCAUGGAAACUUGGCUUGUGUGUACUACGAGCAGGGUUUGAUCGACCUGGCCAUUGACACCUACCGACGUGCCAUUGAGCUGCAGCCACACUUUCCUGAUGCAUACUGUAAUCUCGCUAAUGCACUGAAGGAGAAGGGCAAUGUUUCUGAAGCUGAGGAGUGUUACAACACUGCUCUGCGUCUGUGCCCGACUCAUGCCGACUCCCUCAACAACCUGGCCAACAUCAAGCGUGAGCAGGGCAACAUUGAGGAGGCUGUGCAGCUCUACAGGAAAGCACUGGAGGUUUUCCCUGAAUUUGCCGCCGCUCAUUCAAACCUGGCCAGUGUCCUGCAGCAGCAGGGGAAACUUCAGGAAGCUCUCAUGCACUAUAAGGAGGCCAUCAGAAUCAGCCCUACAUUUGCGGAUGCGUACUCCAACAUGGGCAACACUCUUAAAGAGAUGCAGGACGUUCAGGGGGCGCUGCAGUGCUACACUCGAGCCAUUCAGAUCAACCCCGCUUUUGCAGAUGCUCACAGUAACUUGGCUUCCAUACACAAGGAUUCUGGGAACAUUCCUGAGGCGAUUGCAUCUUAUCGCACUGCCCUGAAACUCAAGCCUGACUUCCCUGAUGCUUAUUGUAACCUGGCUCACUGUCUGCAGAUUGUAUGUGACUGGACCGACUAUGAUGAGCGUAUGAAGAAGCUGGUGAGCAUUGUGGCUGAUCAGCUGGAGAAGAACCGCCUGCCGUCCGUUCAUCCCCAUCACAGCAUGCUGUACCCCCUCUCUCACGGUUUCCGCAAGGCCAUUGCAGAGAGACAUGGCAAUUUGUGUCUGGAUAAGAUCAAUGCUCUUCACAAACCUGCAUAUGAGCAUCCAAAGGACCUGAAGGCCAGUGCAGGACGUUUGCGUGUGGGUUACGUCAGCUCAGAUUUCGGCAACCAUCCCACUUCUCACCUGAUGCAGUCCAUUCCUGGCAUGCACAACUCUGAGAAGUUUGAGGUGUUCUGCUAUGCUCUCAGCCCUGAUGACAGCACCAACUUCAGAGUUAAAGUCAUGGCAGAGACUCAUCACUUCAUCGACCUCUCACAGAUCCCCUGUAAUGGAAAAGCAGCAGACAGGAUCCAUCAAGAUGGAGUCCACAUCCUGGUCAAUAUGAAUGGUUAUACUAAAGGAGCACGCAAUGAGCUGUUCGCUUUGCGCCCAGCACCCAUUCAGGCAAUGUGGCUUGGAUACCCAGGCACCAGUGGAGCUCCGUUCAUGGACUACAUCAUCAGCGAUAAGGAGACGUCACCCAUUGAGGUUGCCGAGCAGUACUCUGAGAAACUGGCCUACAUGCCCAACACUUUCUUCAUUGGAGAUCAUGCUAACAUGUUCCCUCACCUCAAGAAAAAGGCAGUGAUAGACUUCAAGUCAAAUGGGCACAUUUUUGACAAUCGCAUUGUGCUGAAUGGCAUCGAUCUGAAAGCCUUUCUGGAAAGCCUGCCGGAUGUCAAAGUUGUGAAGAUGGAAUGUGAUGGUCAAGAGGUGCCUGACAGUAACGGUGCCCUCUCCAUGCCCGUUAUCCCUAUGAACACGGCUGCUGAGGCCAUCAUUAACAUGAUCAACCAAGGCCAGAUCCAGGUCACCAUCAACGGCUUUACCGUCAGCAACGGCCUGGCCACCACUCAGAUUAACAACAAGGCAGCAACAGGAGAAGAAGUUCCCAGAACGAUUGUGGUGACCACCCGCUCUCAAUAUGGCCUCCCUGAAGACUCCAUUGUCUACUGCAACUUCAACCAGCUCUAUAAGAUUGACCCUCCCACCCUGCAGAUGUGGGCCAAUAUCCUGAAGCGUGUGCCCAACAGCGUGCUCUGGCUGUUGCGCUUCCCGGCCGUGGGUGAACCCAACAUCCAGCAGUACGCUCAGAACCUAGGCCUGCCUGCCUCUCGCAUCAUCUUCUCCCCGGUGGCUCCCAAGGAGGAGCAUGUACGACGUGGACAGUUGGCUGACGUGUGCCUGGACACCCCGCUCUGUAACGGCCACACCACGGGCAUGGAUGUGCUGUGGGCUGGUACACCCAUGGUUACGAUGCCAGGAGAGACGCUGGCUUCACGUGUGGCCGCCUCUCAGCUCACCUGUCUCGGCUGUCCUGAACUCAUCGCUCAGAGCCGUCAGGAGUAUGAAGAUGUUGCUGUGAAGCUUGGCACUGAUAUGGAAUUCCUGAAGAAGGUCCGCUCCCGCGUCUGGAAGCAGCGCAUCUGCAGCCCACUCUUCAACACCAAACAGUACACCAUGGACCUGGAGAGACUCUACCUGCAGAUGUGGGAGCAUCACGCUGCUGGAGGCAAACCUGACCACCUGGUCAAAGUGCAGUCUCUAGAGAGCAGCGAGAGCUCCUAAGUUGGGCUCGUCAUUGCAUGCCCCCCCCCCUCAUGUGUCAGUCACAGAGACUCUAUGGAGCCUACAGGUGAGCACCGUCACUAUGAUCCCAUGAGCCGGAGUGGACGGCUGGACGCACAAAGCUGCCCCCUUUCCCAUCGUCUGACGGAUUUGAUGUUUGUUGGCUACACUGAUUUUGUUUUGUUUGUUUUUCUGCUUCUAAAAGACUUUCCUGUAAUUGAAGUGGACUUUCUGAAAAAGUGGAUAACGGGGUCUAAAAUGCAAAACGACAUGGAAAUAAUCCUGAAAAUGUAACCGUAAAAUAAUCAGCACAGAUAGGGUCUUUUUUUUUAGUUAGGUUAUGUGCUUCUUGACCUAUUUUAGCUUUCUGUCCUCAUGACCUAAACCUGGGUGACGGAUGCAUACCUCGGAUCAUCCCAAACGAAUGCCAACGUUGUUUCCGUAUGCUGUCAAUAGAAAAUAAUUCCUCUUUGUUUUUGAAAACAUGCUAUGUGAACAUGCUAAACAGAGGAGUGUCUUAUUACACACUGACAAAAGGCCUGCAAACUGCUCAAAUGUUGACUCCUGAUUUUUUCUUUAUUUUUUUUAUGGUUUUACCAGGAAAGGUGUAGGUAAGUAUGUGGUUUUGUACACUGUCUUCCUAUUAACGCGUUUUAUUUAUGCUCUGUCAGUGUCGAUUCUGCAAGGCUCUUUACAUAAACUGAAAUAAAGAGAAGUGGCAAACCUUGAAGAGAGUUGCACAUACUUUGUUUUUUCAUUUUUUUUCUUCCGUUCCUUUUAGGAGCCAACACAUAAUGGAACUAACAAUAGUAACAUACUGGUUAUUGUGAUCUAUAUUGCUGUUACGCUGUUGCUGACUGAACUGUGAUGUGCACCCAUUGUAAAUUUGAUCGCUGUAUUCAGUUUAGUUCAAUAAAGAAAUGCUAAAAUUGUUUCUACA